GAAAUUUCGAAACUAGAUCCUGAAAAUCCAAUUUCGGAAGCUCGGACAAGAAGAAUCAUCAUUCGUGGCUUGAGACUGGAGUUCAAGGGCAUAGUGACAGCAACAAGAGGGUGGUCAAAGGAGCCAACCCUGGCUAGGUUGUAG